AUGCUGGAGCUGGCGGAGCAGCUCGUGAAGCGCGACCCGAGGCUCACCGUCACCUUCUGCCUCAUGAAGAUGCCUUUCCAGCAAACCUCACACGAUUUCAAGCCCUCCGCCUCCGCCAGCAUCCAGUUCGUUGACCACGAGCCCACCACCAUUGACCCCGAUAUCCCUCGCAGCGACCCUUUCUCCUAUUUCAUCGACGGCCACGCCCCGCAGAUCAAGGACAUCGCCUCCAACAACACGGCGUCGUCCCGUCGCCUGGCGGGGUUCGUCCUCGACAUGUUCUGCUCCUCCUUCAUCGACGUGGCCAACGAGCUCGGCGCGCCUUCCUACGUCUUCUACACGUGCGGCGCCACGUUUCUCGCCUUCAUGCUCCACGUCCAGUCCCUCUUCGACAGGGGCGAGUUCGACCCGGCCGAGUUGAAGGACUCGGACGCCGAGCUGGCGGUUCCGGACAUACUAUCUCUAAUACCGGGGAAGCUCCUCCCGUCGGCGGUGGUGCAGCCGGAUGGGCUGCCGAAUCUCAUGCGCCAGACGAGAAGAAUGAGGGAGGCCAGGGGCAUUCUCGUAAAUACGUUCCACGACUUCGAGUCCCACGCGAUUUCUUCCCUGGCGACAGGUCAAACCCCUCCGCUCUACACGGUGGGGCCCAUCAUUGACCUCAAGCUGAAGAAGGGAGAUCGUACAGCUGGCGAGAAGGAGGUCGUGGAUUGGCUGGACCGGCAACCAGAUUCGUCGGUGGUGUUCCUCUGCUUCGGGAGCAUGGUAAGCUUCGGUGAGGAGCAGGUGAAGGAGAUCGCCAACGCGCUGGAAGUCAGCGGGCAGAGGUUUCUAUGGUCUCUUAGAAAGCCACCGCAGAAGGGCAAAGCGGAGUUCUUCCCAUCCGAAUACGACGACGUUAAGGAGGCGUUGCCGGAUGGGUUCCUGGACCGGACAGCUGGGCUCGGGAAGGUGAUCGGGUGGGCCUCACAGACGAGGAUCUUGGCCCAUCCAUCUGUCGGUGGGAUCGUGUCUCACUGCGGGUGGAACUCGACGUUGGAGAGCACGUGGUUCGGUGUUCCGGUUGCCACAUGGCCGAUGCGCGCGGAGCAGCAGCUGAAUGCGGUUACGUUGGUGAGGGAGCUUGAGGUGGCGGUGGAGAUUAGGAUGAGCUACCGGUUGUUGAGCGGAGAGGUGGUGCCGGCGGAGGAGAUUGAGAGAGGGAUAAGAUUCUUGAUGUCGACGGAGAAUAAGGGGAGAAGAAAAAAGGCCAAGGAGAUGAGUGACAAGUGUCGGAAGGCGGUGGAAGACGGCGGGUCUUCUUAUCGCUCCAUUGGUCGUUUUAUCGAGGAUGUGAUUAAUUAG